AGAAGGUAGUGGAAGAUGGAGCACAUCUAGACCACUCAGUUUAGAAUAUUACGGUGAACCAUGUGAGCUGUUUACAUUAAGACGACACCGAGCACUUCUUCGCGAGACGUCUACCUCAUGACGGGGAUCAACGGCUGCAUGACUGGAUCGACAUGACUGUGGCCAGACUUUGUCGGGGUCGCAACCUGGCCGUUGUCCUCGGUGCCAAUCUGUUAUUUUUCGGCCUGCUGCUGGCCUUCCAGGGUGUGAGAGUGGACGUCGAUGGGAGCCAAGCUAACGCUUUUCAACCUCAAGACAGUCAGUCAGCCAUCUAUAAACUUCCAAAAACAUCCGCUUCAUUAAUGAGAGCCAAAUAUUACAAGUUGUCGGAGGAGAAGUUCUGCAAUUUCAUGAACAGCGAGCCGUCGCGUUCGUUGAUGUACAAGAAAUGCGUCUGCUCGAGCGGAUUCUACGGCGCCGACUGCGGAAUUCCUCGUUUCAUCUGGUCACAGCUGCUCCUCAACGGCACGAAGGAGAUGACGCUGAAGAGACUGCACGAGCCGAGGAGGAUCAUUGAGUUCAAGUUCUCGAGUGUCACCGAGCCGAGUUCGGUCGUUCGAAAUGUAACAGUUUGUAACAACGCUACAAUGGUGAACGCCUCCCUGGAGGCCUUCCGCCGAGAAGUCCCCGACCUGCAGGUGUACACAGGUCCCGUCCAAGCGAACUUCUCGUGUGCCAACCCCAAAAUUGCAGCUUUCUCCUGUCCGAGCCUCCUGUGCUGCUGGAACCGGUUCUGGAUGCUCGCGUCGGAGCUCUCGUUCACCGACCUGGUCGUCGUCGACAUAGGGGGCGAGUCGACUGCCGUAGGGUCGACGUUGCCGGGCGAUCUGCUAGAGUUCUUCAAAUUCUACCAAGGAUUCCCCGAGGUCCUCAUGAUCAGGCGUGGGCCGUCGGUGUCGGUCGUGGCCAGCUUCAACUCGAUAGCCGUCGAAUGUAACUUCGACAUUAAGUGCAUAGCGUCCUGUGAGAGUUCCAAGUUCCAAGUGAUCAGUCUAGAUCUCUGAGCGGAGAACCACUCUGAACGGACCGUCUCCGUAGAAUAGUCGGACACGACCGAGGU